AUGGCCAGUGGAUCUACUAAGUCGGCAUCUCAAUUGAUGGCCGAAGCAAAUAAAAAAGCUAAAUCAGCAAAUGGAUUUUUUCAACGUAUGCUUGGUGCUGGUAGUAGUGCAGCUGAAGAUGCUCGUACACUUUAUGUUCAAGCUGGUAAUGCUGGUAAAGCUGAAGCUGAUUAUCCAAUAUCUGUUGAAGCUUAUAAACGAGCAUUAGAUUUAAGUACUGAAGAUUUUGAAAAAGCUCAAAUGUAUGAAGCUAUUGCAUCUUCAUAUAAAAUGUUUGAUUUACCACAAGCCGUACCAGCAUUAACACGUGCUGCUGAAUUACAUAUGUCACAAGGUAAGUGGACAAUGGCAUCACAAACAUUAGAAAAAGUGGCAGAUUUAUAUGAACAAAUGAACGAUCUUGAAAAUAUGAUGAAAUGUUUAAAAGAAGCACACCGAUUUUUAAGACAAGAAGGGCAAAAAGCAGGUGCAAAUCGAGUACAAAAAAGAAUGGCUGAAACACUUGCACUUCAACAUGAAUUUAUGCAAGCACAACAACAAUAUGAAGAAAUGGCCGAUAAAACAAAAGAUGAUCCGUUGCUCAAAUAUGGUGCGAAAGAUUUUUGGUUAAGGGCUACAAUGUGUGCAUUAUGUAUUGAUGUUGAAAAUGCCAAUACGGUACUUAAUCGUUAUAUAAGUGAUAAUCCAUUAUUUGAAGAGCGAUUACUUGAAGUUAAAUUACUUCGUCAAUUAAUUGCUGCUGUUGAAGAACAAAAUAAAGAAGUAUUUUUAAAACAUAUUGAUGAUACACCAUUAUCAACAUUACGUGCUGAUCGUGUAUUUCGUUCAUUAACUGAAGAUAUUGCGAAAAAAAUUGGUGGUCAUAUUGAUCUGACAUAG